CAACUGGCACCGCCUUAAUUUGCUUCAGAAAAAAUAAUAAAAUACAGGUUGAAGAAGAUUCAUGUUGGAGAACCAAUUAAUAUAAUAUGAACCCAGAAAGUAUCUCGAUCUCAAAGGAUUAUGACGGUGAUGAUCAGAUGCAGCAGCAGCUUCCAGGCUUUCGUUUUCAUCCAACAGAUGCAGAACUUGUAGGGUUUUAUCUUCGCAGGAAAGUUGACAAGAAACCAGUCGUUAUUGAACUCAUCAAGCAGAUUGAUAUCUACAAGCAUGAUCCAUGGGAUCUUCCAAUAGUUAGCACUACACCUGAAAAUGAAGGUUACUUCUUCUGCAAAAGAGGGAGAAAGUACAGAAACAGCAUAAGGCCAAAUAGAGUGACGGGUUCUGGGUUCUGGAAAGCAACAGGCAUCGACAAGCCUGUGUAUUCUGAGGGAGGAGAAGGUCGUGAGUGCAUUGGUCUUAAGAAAACACUUGUUUACUACCGUGGAAGUGCAGGAAAAGGCAUCAAAACUGACUGGAUGAUGCAAGAAUUUCGCCUUCUUCCCAAUGAUAAUGCCACCCUCCAAGAAGCGGAAGUAUGGACUGUAUGUCGAAUCUUCAAGCGAAAUGUGUCAUACAGAAAGCUGAUUUCAGGUUGCAGGGAAGCAUCUUCUUCAGCGAAACGCCGUUCAACAUCAAUGGAAACAACCAAUAACACAUACAUGGCUCUGGAUUCAAACAAUCAGCAGGAAACCUACAUCAGUUUCCAAGCCCCAAAUAAGCCGAUGAUGAUCGACGAUCAUUUCAACCAAGUCAGGAACCAGCAGUUAGCUUUACAACAGUUGAGCAGCAGUAACAAUUAUAACACCAUAGCCAAUUCUGGAAUAUCAAUGGCGCCGUCAUCGUCUCCAAGCUUUCAUAAUCCAUAUGGGAAUCAUCAUGAUUUGUUGGCAUAUGAGAACUGGGAUGAGCUCCGACAAGUCGUAGAAUUUGCUUUCGAUCCGAAUUCUCACCCCUGAUUACUAACUCUAGAUGAAGCAUUGUUGUCUUCAGUGAUUCUGUAGAUAGACAACUAAUUAUAUGUCUACGUAACUGCUGUUAUUGUAUGAAACUUUUCAAUUAGAUUGUUGUGUUAUUGAUAGAUAGGAUAAUAGAAAAGUUUGUUAAUAAAGACAGAAUUCGUACUCAAUGGUAGAAUCAAGAGAAUACAUACGAUUUAUUUUUGUAUCUAAAUCAACCUUAUGUGUUAUGUUCGACUGAAUCAAUAUUAUUUCAA